AUGGCGUCCUUAUUUUCGUCUCGGUCUCGCUGUUCCUGCUGUCGGUCCGGCUCAACGACACCCGAUGUGCGAAGAAGCUGUCAGUGUACUGUAAGCCUUUGCAUUGCAUGUCAUCCAGGGAGAUGGUCACAGUACACCACAGCUCCUGCGAUAGACGCCGUGGAAUACCACAACGUCAGGUUCAACGGUACCCUCACAUGGCCCUCCGAGUUUCGCGGCACCCCCAGCCCGGAGCUCGAUGCCGCCUGGAAGAGGAUCGCAGCAAACAUGAGGCCGUUCAGGAUCACCGGGGACAUCUUGCGCAAGAUAGGCAAGAAAGAGCGGCCUUCGCUCGUCAAAUUCCUCGACGAAGACGGCGGGGGCUACAUGGCGACGCUCGAGGUGACCCAUCAGCUGCACUGUCUCAACAUGCUGCGGAAGCGGACUUACUACGAGCAUUACGCGGCGGACGACGUGUCGAUCCUGGCCGGCCCCGAGGCUUAUCGGACCCACCUAGAUCACUGCAUCGAGAUGCUGCGGCAGGUCGUCCUUUGCACCGCGGACGUCGGACUCGUGACCUACGACUGGGUCGAGGGCUACCGCCACCCCUAUCCCGACUUCAACACCUGGCACAAGUGCAGGAACGUCGACAAGGUCGUCGAAUGGAGCAACGAGCACGAGCUGCAUGUUCCGUUUGAUCGCAUGCUGCGCUUCGGGAACGAGGACGAUCUCGUAGAGGCGCCGUAG